AUGCGUCUGACCCUCGGUCAGAAACGCGAGGUGGUCGACCUCGCAGCAAGCAAGAAAUUCACGCACCGCGAGUUGGCUGAGAAGUUUCGUGUGGGGCGCACUACGAUCACCAAUAUCUGCAGACAGGAAGACCUUAUCCGCACGGAGACGGACUCGGCUGACGCUACAAAGAAGAAGAGGAAGACGACCAAAUGCACUUACGAUCUGCGAGUGCUGGAUGAGUGUCUGCACAAGUGGAGAAUGGAGGUGAAGGUUUCUAGCCCUGAUACUAAGCUCACAGGCACCGUAUUGCAGCAUAAGGCCAUGGAAUUGGCCUGUAAGAUCGUUCAAGAGCCUUAUGCAGCGUUGCCAGACAAGGUGAAGCAGGCACUACAGAAGUUUACAGGCUCUAAUGGAUGGCUGGACGGAUACAGGACCAGAUUCGGCUCAUUCAGCAGCAAACAGCUCCCUGGUGGAGGAGAUCAGAGUGUUAUUAAGAGCGUGGACAUCCAGACGAGACUUCGAGAGCUGCAUCUUGCGUUUAGUAGUGUGGAUCUGGAGGAUAUCUGGACGGGAAGUGAGUUUGCAGUCAUGUACAAACCACCAGUGGCUGAGUCGGUGAGUGGCGCUGGAGCCAACACUGGCAGGUAUACAGUCUCGUUAUUCGUGAGUGCUGCUGGAGAGAAGCACGAUCUGCAAGUCAUUGGUACGGACCGAAGCCCUUUGCUUUUGGAAGGUAUCGACACCAAGGAGACUUAUAAUAUCCAGUAUGGAUACUCCAAGACUGGCUGGCAGGUGGCACAGACGACCGUCAGCAUGCUCAAGUCGUUGAAUGCACUUGCUAAGGAGCGUAAACGCACGUUCCGAGUGAUUUUGGACUCGGCUGUGCCUCACGUUAAGGCUGCUAUGAUUUUGGAUUCUCAGGGCGACCAACGCACAUUCUUCGUGUACGACCAUCUCCACAUUUACUUCUUGCCGCCUAAUUUCAAGGCGCCGCGUUUCCACCCGUGCCACCUUGGAGUGAUCCAAGCAUUCAAAGCGCGUUUCCGUACUGAGAUGGUGGAGACACUAUUCAAUAAUUAUCGACAGAGCUUGAUGAGUCAGGACCCUCGCGGCUUCCAUCCACAGCGCCACUUGCAUACUCGCAACGUUUUCCACUGGUUUUUCGUGGCUCUCCACAGUAUUGACAAGCAGUUGAUCCAGAGUUGCUGGGUUCGGAGCGGGUUGCUUCCGACCCAAGCUAUUGCGUCGGUCAACUUGCGUAUCGUUUUGAGUAACAGUGCCAAUAGCUCUUCUCCCAGCAGCGUCUUGCCAUGUCCAACUCUACUAUAUCGAGAGCUGCAGCAGCAGUUGACUAGUAUCGCCCAACUUGCUCCUGACUUCUUUCGGUGGAUUGGCGUGGCUGAGCCUGCGAACGCUCAGGCAUUCGUAGAUCUCGAAGGAAACGCUUCUGUGACCGAUCCAGGAAUCGACGAAGUUCAGAUCAUCCGUGGCGUGCUCCAGAAGCACGGAUACUUAUCCACCAAGCGACUUGACGAUGAAAGCCAUGCAAAUGGGCCAUACGAAACUUUCGAAGACGUUGCAGAUGAGCCCUGUCCGCGACCAGAAGAAGUUCUAGCAUCGGUCAGCAUCCUGAAGCGAUAUUUGCGAUUGUCCCGUGAAGCAAUUCCUACUCGUGUUGAUGCGAUUGUACAGCUGAACGAAGUCAAGAAAGCUGUUGACGCUGUCGCCUUCCGUGACGCCGCUUUAUAA